AUGGGCACCUACUUUGUCCCGGGCGUUGCACCUCUUCGUGAGGCGCUCCAGCUUGCGUCUAUGAUCCCAAACCUCCGGCAGGCAGAGCAGGAUGCAUUCCCAAACCCGAGGCAUAAGGCCGGUGAAGACUAUCCCGAGUUAAUCGAGCGCUUGGAUUACUGGGUCCAGCCGCAAGGGAAUCUGGGCAAGCUUCUGGAGGAGUCCACCGACAACGCCUUCAAAGCGCACCUCACUAAGAUGCUGUCGACCUCGUUUGGAAAAGAUUCGUCCAGCACCAAGUGGCUCGGGCCAUGCGAGGUGCGGAAAUACGGACUCAUCAACCCUAAGCUUUUGUUCAAAGACCUCGUCAAGCGCGACUCGGUGCGACUUAAGGAAAAGGUAAGAGGAAAAUAA